ACAACAAUUUUGUUGGUGUGUCACGAGCUCAUUGACAGGCGGUUAGUGACGUAGAACUUGGAAUCGCUAGCUGCUGAGCUUAUCAUUGUCAAGAACUUAUUCCUCCACUAGACUAAACAUUGGGCCUGAACUUGCUCAUGGUCUCGCAAUUUCACAAUGAUAAGUUUAUCUAAAGUAAAAGUAAGUUUGAAGAAGUGUAUAUAUUAAAGGACAAUUCUGAUAUUAAAAUACUGGGUAGCUAGCUACACCGAAACUGUACGCAACCUAUGACAGCGGGAGAUUCAUUCUCUAGCGCUAAGGUAACGCGUUGGCUAGAUAGCUAGCAAGCUAACUUGUUAGCCAGUUUAGUUGAAUAGUCAUUCGAAGCGUUUCCGAGGCUAGUAUUGAGACCGUAGCUAGCUAACGUCAGCUAGGAAACUAGUCAACGUUAGUAGCUAGCACUUGCCACUGUCUUGUGUGCUAGUUUAACUACGGAAACGUUAAUACGGUAACGUUAUCGUUACCUAGCCAGCUGCUUGCUUGAUGGUUUAUGUUGUGUGCUAGCCAAUUACUGUACCAGCAUUAAAUAAUAAUGGCUAGCUAGCUUAGCUAUCAGUUGUCUAGCUUUGAGAACAUCAACAGACCACAUCGAGACUUCUGUGAAUCAGCUGACAGCUGCAGGCAGCCAAGGAGACCAGUGAUGGAUCAACUUAAAGUCAAGGACCGAAUAUUGGAAAACAUUUCUUUGUCUGUCAAGAAGUUGCAGAGUUACUUUGCUGCCUGUGAAGAUGAAACCCCAGCCAUUCGGAAUCACGACCGGGUCCUACAGCGGCUGUGUGAGCACCUCGACCAUGCACUGCUCUAUGGGCUGCAGGAUAUCUCCUCAGGUUAUUGGGUCCUGGUUCUACACUUCACCCGCAGGGAAGCGGUCCGGCAGAUAGACGAGCUCCAGCACAUAGCAACCAACCUUGGGCGAAGUCGUGCCUGGUUAUACCUAGCACUGAGUGAGAGCUCCUUAGAAAGCUACCUCCGUCUCUUCCAAGAGAACCAAGGAUUGCUGCAGAAGUAUUACUUCAAAAAUGCAUUGGUAUGCAGCCAUGAUCACCUCACGCUCUUUCUCACUUUGGUGUCGGGACUGGAGUUCAUUCGCUUUGAUCUGGAGUUGGAUGUCCCCUACUUGGACGUGGCCCCCUACAUGCCGGAGUACUACAAGCCCCAUAACCUUCUGGACUUUGAGGAGCGUCUCCCAAGCUCAGACAGCCUGUCCCUGCACUCUUUCACCUCCACCAACCUGGAAUGGGAUGACAGCGCCAUCGCCCCGUCCAGUGAAGAUUAUGAUUUCGGUGACAUCUUCCCCGUGUUGCAGCCAAGUGCAGACUGGGAAGAGGGUGACCUCACCGACCCAGUCAGCUGUCCUCGCUCAAAUGCCUCAGACCCUCAGACGGUCUUCAGUGAUUCUGUGAUUCUCCGGGCAGCCGCUGCCGUCAUCACAGUGAGGGGAACGCCGCCGCCACCGCCCCGCAGCCCCACCUUCAGACACAACCCCUUCAACGAGUACUCGGACACCAACACCUCGGCUGACAUUACACCCGUCCACACAGCCAGCUGCCACCACGACACCAGGGACGACAUGGAGAGCAUCAGCAACGAGCUAGAGGUUAUCAGGAUGGCCAGACGAAGGAAGCCAUCCAAGAAGCGCUGUAGCGUGAAAAGCUCCACAGUGAGCGGUGACCAGAACAAUGUGGCCUUCGAGCAGGCGGAGGCAGACAAUAGAGCCCCGGCUGGAUGUGAGGGACCAGAAGGAGACACCUGGAGCCCCACUGUGGGGUUGCCGCAGGGCUCAGGGGGGGCCGAGACGGCGAGGAGGAGCAGCAGGAGGGAGACAGGGGAGGAGGAAGAGUCAGAGGGCCUCCUGCGGCUGCCGGAGAUGACAGACACCUCCAUGGACAGCGUUGGCCAGCCCCUACGUGACGUCAUGGACCGGCUCAACGGUGCUCUGGAUGGGGAGAAGACCUGGGGGCGACCAGCUGGAGAGGAAGAAGAAGAAGAGGAGGGGGUGAAAACCCAGCAGAGUUCCCUCCCCAGAAGGCCCUCCUCCACCAGCCUUGAAGCCAACCCGCAGCCCCCGGGGCAGCAGCCCUUUCGAGGGGAUUCGAUGGGUGAGCCGCCUGACCCGGAAGCCAGGGACCCCCCCCUGCUGCGCCCUGCUCUGGCCCCGAGUCCCAACUUCCUGCAGGCCCCCCCGGCUCCUGCAGACUUUUACUGCUUUACCCCCCACAGUCCAGAUGCUGCUGCCCUGCGUAGUGGCCACCAUGACACUGCAGGGCAUGGCCAGUCACAGGCUCUUCUUGGUGGCCAUGAAGUUGAGGCAGAGGCACCGCCAGGACAGGACCCCUCCCUAGAGGAGGAAGAGCAUGAUGAGGAGGAAAAGGAUGAGGCAGUAAUGGUUGAGAAUGGAUUGGCUGCUGGAGAAACUGAAGAGGAGACGGAAGAGGACAGGCUCAGUCCAACGGAAAACUCUCAUCCUGCAGAAUUUAAGGUGGACAACAAUCACCUGCUGCUGCUCAUGAUCCACGUCUUCAGAGAGAAUGAGGAGCAGCUCUUCAAGAUGGUGAGGAUGAGCACGGGUCACAUGGAGGGGGACUUGCAGCCUCUCUACCUGCUGCUGACUGACUGUUACAUCUACCUGCUGAGGAAAGGUGCAGCGGAAAAGCCCUAUACAGUAGAGGAUGCCAUCUCUUACAAUGAGUUGGACUUUGUCUCUGUGGGCUUGGACCAGCAGACAUUCCUGCUGGUGUGCACCAACAGAAGACGGCAGUUCCUCCUGGACACGGCCGACUCAUCGCUUACUGUAUGUUUUUUGGCAGCCCUGACGUCGGCCAUGAUAAAGGGGUGCAGGGAGCCCCCCUACCCCUCUGUGCUGACUGACGCCACCAUGGAGAAACUGGCCCUCACCAAGUUUGUCUCCCAGGAGUCCCACUGUGAGGUAUCUCAAGUGAUCAUUCGCCUGUAUUCUUUGAUUCACUGGGAGGACCCCAUGGAUGUGACUCUGGCCACCCAGACAGCCCUGGUGGGCGCUGGGGACUCGUCCAGCACUAAAGAGGGCCCCCUACUCUACAGAGCAUGCACCACCUACCUGGGCAAGGAGCUGUGGAAGAGCUGUUACCUCGUACUGAGCAAAGGGGUUCUCUACCAGUAUACAGAGAAGACUGAUGGGACACCACUAAUGUCCAUCACUAUGGGGGGUGAGUACUGUGGAGGUUGCCGGCGCUCCAACAGCACAGAGCAGCCUCAUGCCUUCCAGGUGAUCCUGACAGAGCGGCCUCCUCUGGAGCUGAGCGCCGAUAAUGAGGGAGACAUGGCCGACUGGAUGCUGGUGCUCUGCCAGUCUGUCUCCAAAGGGGUGAUCCCCCAGGGCGUGGCCCCCACACCGUGUAUUCCUUGUUGCCUGGUGGUGACAGACAGGAAGCUGCUGACAUGCCACCAGGACUGCCAGACUAGCUUCUUCCGCUCGCUGGGCGGAGCUGAUCUCUCUGAUGUCACUGCUGUCAGUCUGGAGGACGACAAAGAAUACUGUGUUGUUGAGUUUGCAGUGGACAGGGCUCAGUUCCUGCCUCCCUGGGUGUUGUACUUCAGCGGAUGUGAGGAGAGAGACCGCCUGCUGGAGGCGCUAGAGAGUGCCUGGAGAGACAUUUUCCAGGUGUGUCUGCCUCGUAGGAGGGUGUCAGAGCCGUCGGUGCAGAAGCAUUGUGGCGAGGCCUUGGCUCUGAUGAGGAGUGCCUGGCAGAGAAGUGACAGCCUGGCCCGGGGACGUGCCCAGAGAGAGCCCUGGUGCUGACAGACAGGUGGAUGGACAGGCUUUCACUAACACUCCUAUCUAUUCCUACUCUACACAUGGUCGUAGUCAAUUUCAUUCAAAUGUUAUCAAUUCUGCAAUUCUGCAAUUCUGCAAAAAAUAUACCAUUAUUUUCUAUGUGGAUUUGUUCAAUUGUCAAAUUUAAUUUCAACUGGGUGACUGAGUUUGAAUGGAAUUCACACCAAACCUGUUACAUAUAAUUAUGACAACAGCCAUAUAGAUAGAGGGAAACGCACUCUCUGUUGUGUCUACAUUAUGAAGAGUAUACGGUAAGUUAAGCAUAUGAGGAUGUGUCUUCAUGGGAUGUUGCGAGACACAGCAGUUUGAAUCUCCGUUCACACUCCUGGCCUUCACAAAUAUGUAUGUAGGGCUGUGACAGUCAUGGCAUUUUGGAUGACGGUUAUUGGUCAGGCAAAUGACUGGUCACUGUUUUAAUCGUUUGAGUAGCAAAAUGUUUUUUAUAUAAUUUUUUUUUUAAACACUCAUUUUCUCCUCUCCUUCGCUCCUUACUGCACGUGCUGCUGCUGCAGAGAUGGGGUCAUUGCCUAGGCAACUAAAGACUGUUGCUAAAACGUCUUGCUUCUUUCAGCAAGGAGCAACAAAGUUUCAUCAUGUUGUAAAGAGUCCAUGUUACCUCUGAAAGGGACUCAACUGCACAAUGCCUGUGGUCCUGUCUUCAGUCGGCUCAUUCAAUGUAAAAAAUAUAUAUAUACAUAUUUUUUACUGUUAUUUUAUUUUCAUCAUUGUCUUCAUCCGUAAUCGUCAGUUACACAAUUACACAGUAGUUGUGCCAGCCCUAUAUGUAUGUAUGUAUGUAUGUAUGUAUGUACGUUCUGCUUGACUUUCCUCUUCUCGUUGAGUCGGCCGUCAGGGGAGGAGGUGCACUCGUUAUAGAAUAAGACGUUCACUCACAUAUAUGAGGUUCUUUUGAACCUUAACCAACACACUACAUGUCUAGUGCGUAUGUAAAACACGGUAUAGUAUUGAAUUAUAGUAUUGUAUUUUUAUCAAUCCUUACGCAAAUGUACAUUGCCCAUCUCUCCAUGAAUCCAGACCUACAUUGAUUUAGUCUUUUAUAGGUUUGUCUGUUGUCAAAUACCUCAAACAAAACCCUUCUCUCCCAUGCAAAGGUUGUGAUAGUUAUUCUUCAGUCACUUGAAGUGGCAUACACUAUUAGUUACAGCACUCAUCUCUUGCCUUGGUCGGCCAUCUUGGUUUACCAUUGGGUUUUCCACCUUUUAGUAAUGUCGGGUUGGAUGGUCAAAGUUAAUAUUAAAGUAUCAGAGCGGAGAAUGGUCUCAACCUAGCAUGGAUACACUUUUAACAAAAAGGAUGAGAGGAGAGAGUAACUUGCUGUUGAAUGCGAGAUUGCACAUUGCUUUUGUGUUUCAGCCGUGGUGAUUUUAUUUGAGGGUAUUGAUAAGUUCAUUGGGGUUCUGUGCGAAGUUCAUGUUCAGUGCUGCUUUUAAAUAUAAGCACAAAUGGGAGCAAAUAGUUGUUCAUUUGUAACACGACUUGUUAUGCGAGUCUAAUUGUAUGCAAUUUAUAAAGGGGAUAUAUUUGCUUUUAUUUUGCGUGGUUUGUUCUAGUCAUUUGGCACACACCUCUAUCCUUUGAGGGGAGUGUCUGUCAUUGCAUUGUAUGUGUUGCAAGUGGCCUGGUCAAGAUGUGGGAUAUGUCAAUGUUCUACAACAGGUGGAGGCAUCAGUGCAUCCCUACUUUAUUGCACAACCUGUAGUUUUAUUGCUCUGGAGACUCUGUUGCGCAAUGACAGACCAUUGCUUUUAGUCCAGUAGUUAUAGUACAACCAGUCCAUAUGCAUUAGUAAAUAAAUAAAAAGCAGUUUGACUAGAGAUUACACUACUUUAUUCAUAUGAUUUGACAUUGCAUUAAUCCAAUUUACCCCUUACAAUGUAUCCCCCACAUAAUUAAAUGCAAAUCCUCACAUUAAUUUGUUUGAUAAUGUAGCUAAUUAUGUUAUGUGAAAGUAAGAUUUUUGUGUUACUGUUGACAAGAGGGGAAUUUAUCCAAUGCCAUGGCUAUCCUGAAAUUGCUCAAGGGCAGAGUGAUGCUAAGACUUUAAAAUGUAUGCCAAACAAAAAACCAGUGAUAGCAAAGUUAAACAAACCAUACAACUCUGCACAAGGACUACUUUGAACUAUUUCCACAGAACAUUUGACAAAAACACAUCUACUUGAACAGUAAAUGUGUUUGUCAAAUUUUCAAUCAACAUUUUUAAAAGUCGUCGUUAUGGUUUGUUUAAUUUUGCAAUCAAUUUUUUGUUCACCAUAGAUUUUUUUAAAGUGAAAAAUCUUGAGUCUCAGGAUCACUCUGUUACUGUGGAAUUUACUUCAAUCAUCAGGAGAAGGUUUCUGGAGGCUUUCAGUUUAAUUGCCUGUUGCUCCUAAUAAUCGCGUCCUUUUUCAUUACCUUCAUUUGAUUGGUGAUAAUGACCUCAGGCCCUGUUUUGACCAAAUAAAGUACUACUCUUGAAUGUGGCCUUAUACUGCUGCUGGCUUCUAAUCGAACAUGAUUAAAAAUCAGUGAAAUUAAUUUGCUGGGUUGUGAAUACACAAUGUGUGUGUUCCCUGUCCUCAAAUUGCAUUAUAGUAAUAGGCGUAAUUACUAAACAUUCUCUGCUUUGAGCAUUUUAAGUGCCACGUGGUCUUGCCUCUAUUCUACUGUUUCUGUAGGCGUGGGAAGCCGACAUCCCAGAAUUUUGCUUCUCAGGUUAGAAAUGUUACAAAUAAUUUAAAUGUAGUAGCCUAGAUCCCAUGCAGAAAAGACCCAACACCUCAAGCCAGAGAAACCAUGUCCUACAUUUUAGUUUCAACUGACUUCCGCUAUUUUAUAUCCCUUUUAUUUUGUUGGUACUUAUCCCUUAGUUUUCUAAGCAGUGGAGUUAGAGAGCUCAAUGGAAGUAAGAAUGUUAAAUUAUGUUCUAGAGAAAUGUACAAUUGCGAUACUUAAGUAUUUGAAAGGUUUGUCAAUAUUUGAUUGAGGAAAGGAAAUAUGAAGCAUCUUGGAUUCAUAUCCAGAGUUAAGUGAAGUUUGUCUUUAUGAACAGUAAUUUAAAUGUUGGACAUUGCUGGCCAAUGGUGGAUUACUUCUUUUGAUUGACUACUUGUGAAAAUAAAAUUGUUUUUACGUUUGUUUUUAUAUCUAUAUAUAUUCUUCGUAUUGUGUUUAGCUGUCUUUUUUUAUUUGAAAUGUAUGAAACUAAUGGGAUUGCUCUAUUGUAUGAUAACCUGUGAUCAUCACACUAAAACCUGCACGUAUUUAGUGUUUUUAUAUUGCUAAUAACGAAUGUACAAAAAACCUUGUGAAUAGAACAACAUGAAUAAAGAAAUUCAAACCAUA